UGUUAAGUCUUUUACCGCAAUAACUUCUAUAAAGAUAUAAAGAUAAAAAAUAAGUAAAAUCGUUUCAACAACAAAUUAUUAUUAGAUGCAUAAUAUAUUUUAAGUUAAAUUUAUAAUAUUUCAAAAUGGAAUUGGAUGAUAUUGAAAUGAUCACAACCAGAUCAAAUGAUGAGAUUGCAUAUGAGAACUUAAAAAUUACGACCGAAAAGUCGGCUACCGAAUCACAGUCAAAGAAAAUUGAAGAGGAACCUUACGAGACAUUGAAAUAUGGUGAAUCUGAUAAAAGAAAUAUUGAAACAGGAAAUGUCAUUACUGUAAAGCGACUGAAAUAUGUGAUUUAUGUAUUGAUAGUGUUGAUAAGUGUUGUUUACAUCACUCUCGUCACGUUGGUCAUUGUACUGUUCGUUCCGAAGACACCAGCCAACGGUCGUUGGGCACAAUGGUCGAGCUGGACCUCGUGUGACGUAACGUGUGGUAACGGAACACAUCUGCGAACAAGAAUGUGUACGAAUCCAGUGCCUGCGAAAAAGGGAAGUGACUGUAUUGGAGAAAAUUUACAGAGCAGUGAAUGCUCAAAAGACAACUGCCCAGUCAAUGGUCAAUGGACACCCUGGUCAACAUGGACGUCUUGUGAUGUCACUUGUGGACAAGGAACUCAUCUGCGUUCGAGGACAUGCACAAAUCCAGUUCCAGCGUAUAAUGGACUCGAUUGUACUGGAGAUAAUUUACAAAGUGCUGAAUGCUCAAAAGAGAGCUGUCAAGUCAAUGGACAUUGGGCUCAAUGGUCAAGUUGGACAUCGUGUGACGUAACAUGUGGUAAUGGAAAAUAUCUACGGUUAAGAACAUGUACAAAUCCAGUGCCUAUGAAUAAGGGAAGUGACUGUAUUGGAGAAACCUUACAGAGCAGUGAAUGCUCAAAAGACAACUGUCCAGUCGAUGGUCAAUUGACACAGUGGUCAAGCUGGACCGAAUGUGACGUCACGUGUGGCAAAGGAACUCAUCAACGUACGAGAACUUGCACAAAUCAAGUUCCAGCAAGUACUGAAAUCAAAUGUAUAGGAGAAACGUUACAAACCGCUGAAUGCUCAAAAGGCAGUUGUCCAGUCGAUGGUCGAUGGACACAGUGGUCAAACUGGACUUCAUGUGACGUAACAUGUGGUAAGGGACGGCAACUACGGAUAAGAACAUGUACAAAUCCAACGCCCGAGCAUAAAGGAAAGGAUUGUUUAGGGGAAGGUUUAGAGAGUAGUCAAUGCUCAAGAGGAAAUUGUUCAAUAUGCAAGACUGCAUUUUCUGCUACAAAUCCAAAUACCAACAGGAUUAUCAAUGGCAUUAAAAGACUGACGUUUUCCCGUACAAUUUAUCAGUAUGGCAAUGAUUUUGAUAUCUCGACAGGAACUUACACAUGCUACAAACCUGGCGUGUACCAUUUUUCUGUUACGUUUGUAAAGAAACGGUCAUCAUCGAGGGUUGAUCAGGUUUAUUGUCACCUAUAUAAGAAUAGGCAGUCUCUGAUUUACAUAUCGGUUGAUCCAACUGAUGAUGAUACAGACAAUGGAAAUGCUGCUGUAUCUCAGUCUAUAGUGGUAAAUCUUGGUGUUGGAGACACUGUGUACCUAUCUGGUUGCACAAAUCCAAGCACAAGCAUGGAAUAUUGGUCCUCGUUUACUGGAUUUCUCCUAUAUGACAACAGUUAAAACCGCUGUUAAUCCAGAAUAUAUUGUUCUUUACUCGAUUAUUCUUAUUUGCAAUAUUAUGUGUUUGAAAAUAACCUUACGUUUUCAGUUGCCUUGAAAUAUUAAAAGUUUAGUGGCAAUGAUACUAAAUAGUGACCUCAUCCUGUUAAUAUGAAACGAAAGCCGCCCAACAAAGUUUUGAAUAUAUUUUAAAAUCAAGUUUUUAGUAUAUGUAAUACAUUUAUAUUACUAAGUAUUUCUUACAGUAGAAUUUUCAAGGCUUGGUGAUAGUACUGGUUCUAACAAUUUUUGUGUGAAUGAAUGCAACUCUGAUGGAGAGAUGAUUUUUUUAUUAAACUGAUUAAAGAGUGUAUUGUUGACAACUGAUAUACUGGUGCUUA